AUGCUUUCUUUCCUAAUCUCCUUGGCAACUGAUGUUUCCCCGCUGCCGACUCUCCCAUCUGUUCCCCUUGACCUUUUGUCUCAUUUUCUUCUCUCUUCAUUUCUCUUCAUAUCGCUUUUUUUCUGCUGUCUUUUACUUUAUUUAUACUUUCUCAAUCCGUUCUCUUCUUCUUCUCCUCCUCCUCUUCCUACUCCUCUUUCUUCUUUUCUUCUCCUUCUUCUUUCGCCUCCUAACCCUUAUUCUUCUUCUUUCUCCUUUUCUUCUUUCUUCUUCUUUUCCCCUCCUGUCUUCUUCUUCUACUCUUCUUUCUUCUUUUCUUCUCCUUCUUCUUUCGCCUCCUGUCCCUUAUCCUUCUUCUAUCUCCUCCUUCUACUCCUUCUUCUUUCUUCUUUAUUCUCCUCCUCCUUCUUCUUCUCCUCCUCCUCCUCCUCUUCCUACUCCUCUUUCUUUAUUUUCUUUUCCUUCUUCUUUCGCCUCCUACCCCUAAUUCUUCUCCUUUCUCCUCCUCCUCCCCUUUCUUCUUCUUCUUCUUCUUCUUCUUCUUCUUCUUCUUCUUCUUCUUUCGCCUUCUAUCCCUUAUUCUUCUUCUUUCUCCUUCUACUACUACUUCUUCUUUCUUCUUUAUUCUCCUCCUCCUCCUCCUUCUUCUCCUCCUCCUCUUCCUACUCCUCUUUCUUUAUUUUCUUCUCCUUCUUCUUUCGCCUCCUACCCCUAAUUCUUCUUCUUUCUCCUCCUCUUCUUCAUCUUUUCUUCUUCUUCUUCUUCUUCUUCUUCUUCUUCUUCUUCUUCUUCUUCUUCUUCUAUUUCGCUAACAGAACGAUCUUUCUUUCCUUACUUUCUUUAUCCUAUUAUUCUUCUUCCUUCUCCGACUUUCAAAUGUUUUACUCCCCCCCGUUUUUUCUUUCUCCUUCCUUCACCCAAAUAUUCCUACUCGGCUUAUGA